AGUUAGUCACUAAUAUCCUGAACUUCUUUCACUGGUAAAGCUCUCCCGUUUCUCCAUCGUUUCCUCUCCCUCUUUCGGUUCCUCCCCACGCUCUCCUUCUUCUUCUCUUUUUUGCGGUUCAUAUUUCUCAUCAGCAAAUGGUUUCUGGGUGUUUUUCAGCGGAAAGAAGGAGAGGGAUAUGAGAGGAAGGGUGAACCUGUCGCUUCAUAAAGUGAUCGAUAGUUUCUUACAAGACUUCAAGAGCUUGAAGGAACGAACAUCAUCAUCGCCAUCGUCAUAGCACUCCCACCAUCCAUCCAUCCUUCCAUCUCCAUAUAUCCUAUGGAGAAGAGCUCGAUGAGCAGCGGCAGCAGCAAGAGCAACAUGGGUUCGGCCUCGGCGGCCAUCAGCAGCUCCGAUCUCAUCGACGCCAAGCUCGAGGAGCACCAGCUCUGCGCCGGAUCCAAGCACUGCCCCGGCUGCGGCCACAAGCUCGUCAAGCCGGGUAAGAUCCAAGGUUCGACUAAAACAAAACUAAGCCAACUCCGAUCGACGGAGGAGUUCACUUCAAUUGAACGGAAUAAGAACAUCCCCGAUGUUCUUGUGCCAUGGAUCCGCCAAAUUCUCCAGCGGGCCGGCCCCUGGGUACGCCAACUGCUGCACGCAGAACCCGACGAACGCCAACAACGCCAGCCGGUCGUUCUUGAUCUCCUUGAGCUUGUACUCCUCGAGCUUUUUCUGGUCUUUCGAGAACCCGAGCGGGUCGAACGCCCCGCCGGAGUACUUCCUCUUCUCCGGGUCCUUCUCCUUGCUCUGCUGGUGCUCCACGAACGCAAUGGACAAGAACUCGAUCACCAGUAUCGUCGGUAGCGUCCCCCACGGCACCGGCUGCCCCAAGUAGCUCGCCUGACCGCCUGGCACCGCCGCCCACGACUGCACCUGCACCCAGUUCCUGAUUGCCUACGUGGCGUUGCCCAUCCUUACUUGUGGUCGCUGUCACUCAUUGACCCAUACUUAAUAGAAAUUAGGUUUUUUAUUUUUUAAUGAAUGUAAUAAUGAGGUGGAAAAUAUAAAAUAUUAUUAUUUUUUAUUUUUAAUAAUUUUUUAGUUGCCACGUCACUAAGUUAACGGUCAACUUUCAGAGUUGACUGCCAC